AUGGGCAAAAAGGCAAUUGACGCCCGUAUACCAGCUUUGAUACGUAAUGGAGUUCAAGAAAAGCAGAGAUCAUUUUUUGUCAUAGUUGGCGACAAGGCAAAAAACCAACUACCUAAUUUGCAUUAUUUGAUGAUGAGUGCUAAUCUCAAAAUGAACAAGUCUGUUCUUUGGGCUUAUAAGAAAAAAUUAUUGGGCUUCACAUCUCAUAGACAAAAAAGAGAAGCCAAGAUAAAGAAGGACAUCAAGAGAGGGAUACGAGAAGUGAACGACCAAGAUCCAUUCGAAGCAUUCAUUUCGAAUCAGCACAUCAGAUAUGUCUACUAUAAAGAGACUGACAAGAUAUUGGGUAAUACGUAUGGGAUGUGUAUAUUGCAAGAUUUUGAAGCCAUGACUCCCAACUUAUUAGCCAGGACAAUUGAAACCGUUGAAGGUGGUGGAUUGGUGGUGAUUUUGUUGAAAAAUAUGACCUCAUUGAAACAACUUUACACCAUGAGCAUGGACAUACACUCGAGGUACAGAACAGAAGCACACGAUGAUGUUGUUGCAAGGUUUAAUGAAAGAUUCUUGUUAUCCUUGGGUUCGUGCGAAAAUUGUUUGGUAGUGGAUGAUGAAUUGAAUGUGUUGCCAAUAUCGGGAGGCAAGCAUGUGAAACCAUUACCACCAAGAGACGACGAUGACUUGUCACCACGGCAAGUCGAACUCAAAGAAUUAAAAGACAGUUUGGCUGAUGUACAACCCGCCGGAAGCUUGGUUAACUUGGCAAAAACCAUAAACCAAGCACAAGCAAUCCUUACUUUUAUCGAUGUCAUUGUCGAGAAAACAUUGAGGAGUACAGUGACAUUGACUGCCGGUAGAGGUCGUGGUAAAUCGGCUGCUUUGGGUAUUGCGAUUGCAGCGGCUGUAUCACAAGGAUACUCCAACAUUUUUGUCACCUCGCCAUCUCCCGAAAACUUGAAAACUUUGUUUGAAUUUGUGUUUAAAGGAUUUGAUGCAUUGGGUUAUACGGAGCAUUUAGAUUAUGAUAUCAUUCAGUCAACAAACCCCUCCUUCAACAAAGCCAUUGUCAGAGUGGACAUCAAAAGAGAACACAGGCAAACGAUACAAUACAUCUCUCCAACAGAUAAUCACGUUUUGGGACAAGCUGAAUUGUUGAUCAUAGAUGAAGCUGCGGCUAUACCAUUGCCAGUGGUGAAGAAAUUGAUGGGUCCUUACUUGGUAUUUAUGGCUUCCACCAUUAAUGGAUAUGAAGGUACCGGUAGGUCAUUAUCAUUGAAAUUAAUUCAACAAUUGCGAAAUGAACAGCAAAUGAGCAAUGCUCCAGCGGGUACUGAAAUUGUUUCCAGAGACAAGAAACUGACAGAUGUCGGCGGGUCGUUGACAAGGAACUUGAAGGAAGUUGUGUUGGACGAACCCAUCAGAUACGCACCUGGUGAUCCAGUGGAGAAAUGGUUAAACAAGUUGUUGUGCUUGGAUGUUUCAUUAUCCAAAAAUGCUAAAUUUGCCACCAAAGGAACACCACAUCCAUCUCAAUGUAAUUUGUUUUACGUUAACAGAGACACCUUGUUUUCAUAUCACCCUGUCUCAGAAGCGUUUUUGCAGAAAAUGAUGGCAUUGUACGUGGCCUCUCAUUACAAAAAUUCACCCAAUGAUUUGCAGUUGAUGUCUGAUGCGCCUGCCCAUCAAUUGUUUGUCUUGUUGCCUCCUAUUGAAGAAGGAGAUAACAAAAUCCCCGAUCCAUUGUGUGUUGUACAACUAGCUUUGGAAGGUGAGAUUUCAAAGGAGAGUGUAAGGAAAUCGUUGAGCAGGGGUCAAAGAGCAGGUGGGGAUUUGAUUCCAUGGUUGAUUUCACAACAGUUUCAGGAUGAAGAAUUUGCAUCUUUAUCGGGAGCCAGGGUUGUUAGAAUUGCCACUAAUCCAGAAUAUUCCGGUAUGGGGUAUGGUUCAAGAGCUAUGGAAUUGUUACAAGAUUAUUACGCAGGAAAGUUUACUGACAUCAGUGAAUCAUCAACCCUAAAUGACAAUACGUUAACUCGUGUAACCGAUAAGGAGUUAGCUAAUGCUUCAUUGAAGGAUGAGAUCAAAUUAAGAGAAGCUUCAUCAUUACCACCUUUGUUGUUGAAACUUUCCGAGAAGGCCCCAUACUAUUUGGAUUACCUCGGUGUCUCCUAUGGAUUUACUCCACAAUUGCACAAGUUUUGGAAAAAAUCAGGUUUUACUCCUGUUUACUUGAGACAAACAGCGAAUGAAUUGACUGGGGAACACACCGCAGUUGUAUUAAACGUUUUACCGGACAGACAGAAUAAAUGGUUGCACGAAUUUUCAAAAGAUUUCCACAAAAGGUUUUUGCAAUUGUUGUCAUAUGAGUUUAAAAAGUUUCAAGCAUCGCAAGCAUUGGGUAUUAUUGAAGCGGCCGAGCAAGGUGAAGGGGAACAUACAACAAAGACUUUGACCAAAACCCAGCUUGAUGAGUUGUUGUCUCCAUUUGAUUUGAAGAGAUUAGAUUCAUAUGCAAACAAUUUGUUGGAUUAUCAUGUUAUUGUUGAUAUGUUACCACUUAUUGCACAAUUGUACUUUUCUAAAAGAACCAGCACUCAAGUCAGUUUGUCGUCAGUGCAAUCAGCCAUUUUGUUGGCCAUUGGUUUACAGCAUAAAAAUAUUGAUCAAAUAGCCAACGAGUUAAAUUUGGCAACCAAUCAAGCAAUGGCAAUGUUUGCUAAGAUUAUUAGAAAGUUUUCAACCUAUUUCAGAAAUGUCUUGACGAGGGCCAUUGAAGAGGAACUACCAGAGUUAGAGGAUGAGCAAAUCAAGGAAAUCGAAGGAGAUGUUAUGGAGGAAGUAGACUACAAUGAGAUUGAACAAAAUUUGCAUAAUGACUUGGAAGAAGAAGGCGAUGAAGCGAUUGCGGAAAUGAGAGAAAAACAAAGAGAGUUGAUCAAUGCUUUGAAUUUGGACAAGUAUGCAAUUGCAGACGAUGGUGAAUGGGAUGAAAAAUCAAUGUCCAAAGCAGCAAAAGGUAAAUCAAAUGGAACUGGCGUUGUUGCCGUCAAAAAGGGAAAAAGAAAGUCGGGAGAAAGCGCUAGUGAUAUAUAUGAACAAGAAAUGAAGGCGGUCAAAAAGAACAAAAAGGGAAAAAAAUAA